AUGAGUCUCUGGAAUGCGGCCGGGAGCCGCUGCCGUCCUCCUCCUCCUCCCUCCCCGGGCUUCAGGGGCGACGCGCUGGAGCCACCGGUGAUUAAUAUUCGGCCGGGGGCCGGGGGCCGCGUCCCUCCGCCGUUUGGGGGCUUGAAGAAGCGGCUCCACGGGGAGCUCUGCAUCCAGGAGAGUCUAUUAGUGCCCUCAGUGCUCCUGAGGGUCCCAGGGGCCCCUCAGCACAUAGAUGCCCCGGUCCCCGGAGGGCCCUCGUUGGCCAAACACAACUUGUCCAUUAAGAAAAUGGUGAACAGUGACAGGUUUAACUCCAUGAGCGCCGCUGGUGCACCCGCCGUUCACCCCGGCACCCUCGAGGUGGGGCUGCUGCAGCUCCCCUGCGACUCUGCUGACCGGCUCAUUAAGCGGGAGACACGCAGCCCCUCCUCCCCGCGUGAAUCAUGUCCCAGUCCCGGUGGAUCAUCCGGUGGCUCUCUGUCUGCGGUCGCCCCCCUGGCCACGUGCAGCCGGCAGCAUUUCCAGGCGUGUGUCGGGUUGGAAUCCCCACGUGGCGCGGCCACCCAGCGUCUGUGUCUGGUGUGCGGAGACGUGGCUUCUGGGUAUCACUAUGGGGUGGCAUCCUGUGAAGCCUGCAAAGCCUUCUUCAAACGAACCAUCCAAGGUAACAUCGACUACGCGUGUCCGGCCGCCAAGCAGUGCGACAUCACCCAGCGGAGGAGGAAAUCCUGCCAGUUCUGCCGCUUCGCCAAGUGCCUGCGGGUCGGGAUGCUGAAGGAAGGGGUCCGUCUGGACAGGGUCCGCGGUGGAAGGCAGAAGUAUAGAAGGUGUCGGGAGGCAGACGGCGGCGGAUUCCAGGGGGAGACCCUUCCUGACACCCUGAAGCCCCGCGGGUACCCGGAGGCAGUCACCCGCAUCGUGUCCCACCUGCUGACGGCUGAGCCAGGGAGGAUCUACGCCACGCCGGACCCCGCCGCGCCCGACAGCGAACUCAACGCUCUCGCCACCCUCUGUGACCUGACGGACCGCGAGCUCGUUCUCACCAUCGGCUGGGCCAAGAACAUCCCGGGGUUCUCCUCGCUGUCCCUGGGGGAUCAGAUGAACCUCCUUCAGGGAGCCUGGAUGGAGAUGUUGCUGCUGGGAGUUGCAUUUCGCUCUCUGCCGUUCCACAACCAGCUUGUGUACGCCGACGAUUACAUCAUGGAUGACACGAGGUCACGCGUGAGCGGCCUGCAGGAUCUCUUCCUGGUCACGCUGCCUCUAGUUCAGAGAUAUCGGAAACUGCGUAUGGACAAGGAGGAGUACGUGACUCUCAAAGCGCUGGCCCUGGCUAAUUCAGAUUCCGCCCUCAUUCAGGACGUGCAGAGCGUGCAGAGCCUACAGGAUCAUCUCCAGGAAGCUCUGCAGGAUUAUGAGACCCUUCAGCACCGCGACGAGCCGGCCCGUGCCGGACAGCUCCUGCUCACCCUCCCCCUGCUGCGCCAAACAUCCAUGCGCGCCGUGCAGUACUUCCUCGGCGUGCGGGCAGAGGGCCGGGUGCCAAUACACAGACUCCUCCACGAGAUGCUGGAGGCCAAGGCGUGA